AAAGUCCAUGUGGUCGCAGCCGUCGCAGCGGCAUUUUACGUAUUUUUGCUUUUAGUAACGAAAAUUAUUAUUUUUUACAAUGGGGAAGAAGAAGUUUAGUGCUAGGAGGAAGGAAGAUGUGCAGUAUAUCACGGACAAUAGUGAAGUAAAACAGAUAAAAUUAGACUUGGGAGAUGAUGCAGGAGGAAAAGGAAGCUACGAUGAGAGCAAUGCCCUGGUCAUUCCAUCCAAGAAGCGACAUACAAAGGCACUUUUCAAAGAGAAGAAAAUCACAAGGAUUCUCUCGAAGAAGCAGAGGAAGAACCUGGAAAAAAUUGUAGAUAAGAAGAUAAAGAAGGAAAAUAGAUCCACGCUCCUGGAAAAUCUUUCGAGUGUUCAGCUCCCUGCGGAUGAGGUGAAGAAAUUUGUCUCAAUAACGGAAGUUCAGACGAGUGGAUUGAGAAAAUUCACUUUGGGUACUGAUAAAAUUGAAACACAAGAUGAGAAGGGAGCUCCACAGAAGCUGAGCAGUAUAGCUGGCAGCAGAAAGAGGAAACUCCUUGAGAAAAUUGCUGCCGAAGAAUCCGAGAGCGAUGAGGAGAAAGAUUCCAAGAAAUCCCGAGAUAUGGAAGCAAAAGAUUUCUACACAUCUUCUGAGUAUGAAAGUGAAGCGGAAGAUGCAAAAGAGGAAAAACCUCCGGAAGCUGUAACACCUGAGAUACUGCACGUGUCGCACAAUAUGAGUUUCAUUGUGGAGGACAUGAAUGGGGAAUUGCUGGAAAAUGUCCCAAGGAAUGGAAUUCAGUCAACUGAAAGUUCAUUCACGGUGUCUGAUUUCAAGAUUAGAGAAGCCACGACGGGACCAGCUGCAAAGCCCGCAGUUUACAUUCACCUCGAGAGAGAUCCGGAAAUCCAAGCAGCACGCCUAAAGCUACCAAUUCUCGGUGAGGAGCAAGUUGUAAUGGAGGCCAUAAGUGAGAAUGACGUUGUGAUCCUUGCUGGAGAAACCGGAAGUGGGAAAACCACGCAAGUACCGCAAUUUCUCUACGAGGCUGGCUUUGCUGAGAGUAAGCUCAUUGGGAUCACAGAACCCCGUCGUGUGGCAGCAAUCUCAAUGUCCAAGCGAGUUGCGCAGGAGAUGAAUUUGAGUCAGGACAUCGUGUCGUACCUCAUUCGUUUCGAGGGAAACACCACGGAGAAGACAAAAGUCAAAUUCAUGACUGACGGAGUCCUUCUGAAGGAGAUGGAGAGAGAUUUUGAGCUCAGCAAGUACUCCGUGAUUAUCCUGGAUGAAGCUCACGAACGAAGUGUCUACACGGACAUCCUGUUGGGGCUGCUCUCGCGUGUUGUUCCGUUGCGUCGUAAGAAGGGAAACCCCCUGAAAUUGGUCAUUAUGUCUGCAACUCUACGCGUGGCUGACUUUACGGAGAAUGAGAAACUCUUCAAGACACCACCUCCCGUUAUAAAGGUCGAAGCGAGACAAUUUCCCGUAACGGUGCAUUUCAAUAGGGUCACAGAGAGUGACUACGUGAAGGAAGCUUUCAGGAAAGCUGUAAAAAUCCACUCAAAAUUGCCCGAAGGUGGAAUUUUGAUCUUCCUCACGGGACAGCAGGAAGUUCACCAUUUGGUGAAGAAACUCCGUCAAAAGUUCCCAAUGAACAGUAAAACUGAAGUUGAGGAGAAAGUUUCCACGGAAGAAAAGGUACAAAAUACAGAGAAACAAGAUUCAGAUGAAGAAUUCAACAUGGAGACAGCAAUAAGGAAGAUGCGCAAGUCCAGGAAGCGUUUUGCGAAGGAGUUAUCACUACCAAAGAUUGAUUUGGACACAUAUAAGCUUCCAGGAGAUGAUACUGAAGCAGAUUUGAUUGAUACGGAAGCGCUGGAGGGGAGUCUUUCUGAUGACGAAGGAGAUCCCCUCGAAGAGGAAGCUCUGGAAGUUGCAACAACGCAACCUCUCUGGGUUCUUCCACUCUACUCCCUCCUGUCAUCCGGGAAGCAGGAGCGUGUCUUCCAACCACCUCCAGAGGGGACAAGACUAUGCGUGGUGGCGACAAAUGUUGCAGAAACCUCCCUUACAAUCCCUAACAUCAAGUACGUCAUAGAUUGUGGACGACAGAAGGUCCGACUGUAUGAUCCGGUAACCGGAGUGGAGGCAUUUGUGGUGAAGUUUACGAGUAAAGCAUCGGCAAAUCAGCGCAGUGGUCGUGCAGGAAGAAUGGGCCCCGGACACUGCUAUCGCCUCUAUUCCAGCGCAGUCUACAACGAUGAAUUUCCCGAUUUUUCCGUCCCCGACAUCCUGAAGCGUCCUGUUGACGACAUUGUGCUCCAAAUGAAGUGCAUGGGAAUCACGAAAGUUGUAAGCUUCCCAUUUCCCUCACCACCAGACAGGACGCAACUUGAAAUGGCGGAGAAGCGUUUGAGGAUCCUCGGGGCACUCGAGGAUAAUCCGGAAGGGUUGAAAGUGAGCAAAUUAGGUGAAACCAUCUCUCUCUUCCCCAUUGCUCCACGCUAUGGCAAGAUGCUGGCGCUGAGUAAUCAGUACAAUCUCAUGCCCUACACCAUUUGCAUUGUCUCCGCACUGAGUGUACAGCAAGUCCUCCUGGAGAAUACAGCAUCAAUCAGGGAGGAUGCAAAACUCUCCGAAGAUGCCGACAAAUGGGCCAAGAGACGAAAGGUUUGGGCUAGUACGGGUAAUUUCCUUAAACUCGGAGAUCCUAUGGUUCUUCUGAGGGCAACAGGAGGUGCUGAAUAUGCUGGCUUGGAGAAUAAACUCCCGGAGUUUUGUCAUCGCAAUGGGCUUCGACUUAAGGCCGUCAUGGAGAUUCGCAAACUCCGAGUUCAACUUACAAAUCAACUCAACCUCAGCAUACCCAACGUCGAGGCGUGCGUAGAUCCCAAACUUGAUCCUCCAACUGAUGAACAAGCACGAUUGCUACGUCAAAUCCUGCUGGCAGGAAUGGGAGAUCGCGUAGCAAGGCGUGUCCCAUUGGAAGAUAUAAAUGAUCCGCAGGAACGGACAAAGCUCAAGAAGGCCUACAAUACCCCAGAAAUGGUUGAUCCUGUCUUCUUGAAUUCCACCUCGGUAUUGGCUAAGGAGCUGCCUGAGUGGGUGAUCUAUCAGGAGGUGUACGAAGUGACUCAGCCUACCCCAAAAAUGUUCAUCAGAGGCAUCACGGAGAUUGAGCCUCAUUGGUUGUCAACCUACGUGCCGACAAUGUGCAACUUCCAGGAGAUUGCCGAUGAGAAGCCAAGAUAUAAUGCAAAAACCGGAACAGUCGUGAGGAAGAUGAAGGUGACGUACGGAAGAGCAGCUUGGGAACUACCUGAGGCAGAUGCAGACAUGCCUUUUGGGGCAGAAACUUGCAAAUACUUUGGAAUGUUCCUGCUAUCUGGAGAAGUCUUUCCGUCUUUAGCAAAAUACGUCCCAGAACUCCUUUCAACGCCAUCAUCAAUGAUAAAGACCUACAGCAAAAUAAUCCCACGAGUUUCAUCCCUAAUCACAGCGCUUGUGAACAGACAAAUCACCUCAAAGCCCAAACUUUUGAGUAUUUGGAAAGAUGAUCCUCAAUAUCUCCUUCCUGAAUACCAGAAUUGGUUACCUGGUAAAUUCUCAAUGGAAGUAUCCAAUAAAUGGCCACCAGAGGAAACCACAAAAGAGAUAGUUUUGUAAAAGAGCCAUCCACUUUUGGCAGAAAUUUAUUAAGUUGUAUAAAACAGAUCAAGAAUUAAAAAAAAAAACAGAAUGACCAUCGAGACCCCACA